AUGGAGAUGGAGGCUGCGAGGAAGAGGAAGGAGCCCUGGGAUACCCAGGCAGAGGAGGAGAUGAGCAUGGAGACUAAAGAGGACAAAUCCCCACGGAAGAACCUCAUGGAAGAGGCCGUUAUGAGUGACUCCAGGGCACAGGAAUCCAAGGGGGAGGAAAAUCCCCAGAGAUUCCACAGGAGGAGGGGCUGCAAACCCAGCCCAGGGUGCUCUGAGGAAGAAAGACCCUCCCUUAGCCAGGAAGGUGGACAGAGCUUCAGCCAGGGCUCAGAGCUGGUGGUCCAUGAGCAGCUUCAUGAUGGGGAGAAGCGCUACAAGUGCUUGGAAUGUGGAAAGAGCUUCAGGCAGAGCAGCACCCUGAUCCGCCACCGGAUGAUCCACACUGGGGAAUGGCCCUACGAGUGUGGGGAGUGUGGGAAGGGCUUCAGCUGCAGGUCAGAACUCAUCAGGCAUCAACACAUCCACACUGGGAAGAGGCCCUACGAGUGUUCCCAGUGUCAGAUGAGGUUUCAGAGAAGCUUCAAUCUCCUCCGCCACCAGCGGAUUCACACUGGGGAGAGGCCCUUCCUCUGCCCUGAGUGUGGGAAGGGCUUCAAGAACAAGUCCAACCUCAUUAGGCACCAGCACAUCCACACAGGGGAGAGACCCUACGAGUGCCCCACCUGUGGGAAGAGGUUUCAGAGCAGCUCCAGUGUCCUCCUGCAUGAGCGGAUUCACACAGAUGAGAGGCCCUUCCGCUGCCCUGAGUGCGGGAAGGGCUUCAAGCAAAACUCCACCCUCAUCACCCACCAACGCAUCCACACUGGGGAGAGGCCCUAA